AAAAGAAAAGAAAAGAAAAGAAAAGAAAAAACGAAAAAAGCUCUGCUAAUGUAUAGCAGAGAGAGAGGGUUGAAAGGGAUCAAUACAAACUGCAAAUGCAACCGCAACGCAGGAAUUAGAAGAAGAAGAAGAAGGAGGAGGAGGAGGUUGAUAUAAACCUCUUUGAACCCUUCCUUGUUGGUGAUUGGCAUAUUAAUUGGUCAGGCUCUGCGUUGCCAUGGCUACAAAGCUUUUUGUGCACCCAGCAAUCCCACCAGCUUCCCACCCAAUUCUUACAAAGAUGACGACGACGAGAGCUCAAACACAUUCAAUUCUCACAACGAAGAAAGGUCCUUCUUCUGUUUGUUUCAGAUUCAAAGCUCCUGCACAACAACAUGGUUCGGGCAGCUUGGUCGGAAGUGGAGAGGAAGACGAAGACACUGCUGCUGCUACUACUACUGCAGACUCAUCAUCAUCUCUUCCCUCAACCCCAACCCAAAUCAAAGCACACCUUUACCAACAAUUGCAAGGCAUCAACAGAGGCAUCUUCGGAGUUCCAAUCGCAAAGAAAUCUGAGAUUGAAGCUUCCGUCAGGCUCCUUGAAUCUACGAACCCAACACCAGAGCCUACCCGUUUUCUGGAGAAGGUGGGAGGAUGCUGGAAGCUUAUUUACAGUACCAUAACAAUACUGGGCCCCAAAAGAACGAAGCUUGGAUUGAGAGAUUUCAUCAGUUUGGGGGAUUUUUUCCAGACCAUUGAUGUCACCGAGGGCAAAGCAGUUAAUGUCGUCUUGUUCAAUGUGAGAGGUUUGAAUAUCUUCAAUGGACAGCUCGAAAUUGAAGCCUCCUUCAAGAUUGCAUCCAAAUCAAGAGUUAAUAUUAAGUAUGAGAAGUCUACGAUCACCCCUGACCAGUUGAUGAAUGUCUUUCGGAAGAACUAUCAAAUUCUUCUUGGCAUCUUCAAUCCAGAGGGAUGGCUCGAAAUCACAUAUGUUGAUGAUACUCUGAGAAUAGGGAGGGAUGAUAAGGGCAACUUCUUUAUACUAGAGAGAUAUGAGCACAACAGGAGCUGAAGAGGAGCAGCUUCAUUGUUUGCUUUCAACAGGAGGUCUAACUUUUCGAUCUUGCCACGAUGUAGUACAGAUUCAUUUCUACUGCAUUGGAACACAAGUGGGAUCAUAUGCUUAAAGAUGCAUGUAUUUUAAGGCCAAUGCAAACUUCACUUAUGAAUUGGAAAAGAAUGAUGAUGACAAUAACAACAUCCAAUUCAAUUCCAUGAAAUAAACACUCCUUACUUGUGGUUGCAUCGCA